AGACAACAGGAGACAACAUGAGACAUCAUGAGACAACAGGAGACAACGUUAGACAUCAUGAGACAACAGGAGACAACAUGAGAUAUGAGACAACAUGAGAUGACAUGAGACAACCAGUUCUCAUAUACAACCAAACAGAAACAUCUUACAGCCUACACCACUGACUACAAACACUUGUUAUGACAGAUCCACUUUUUUCAUCCACAAGGAUAAAUCUGGGAAAUAAACAGAUGGCUGCUUUAAUGGAGAUGGAGGUUACAAACUGCAGCUCUAACAGAAUCCAGUUGUCAUUUACAUCUGAGCAGUUAAGGGCCUUGCUCAAGGAGCCAGGAGAUGUGAUCUCACAACCUUAAUGAUCAUUAGACCAACACUUUUACCAGUGAUCUACCACAUCUGGUAUUAUGCGCUGUGAAAAGUGUGUAGGAUCGUGAGGAACAUCAGGAAUAUGACUAAUAAAGACGAGGCGCUUUAUGCAUGCGCGUUGUUGUGUGUCGUUACGGCACAGAAUGUCACAAAGGGGUGUGUUUGUGUGUGUGUGUGUGUGUGUGUGUGUGUGUGUGUGUGUGUGUGUGUGUUGCGCAGAAAGGGAAGGCAUCACCGUGUUGUUCCCCUCCUGGUUCUCCUCUCCUGAUUUGUUUUUAACAGAAGCAUGAGAGCAGAUCUGAGUGUCCACACAACGGAGGAGAAAAGAUGAACGGCGCGCUGUACAUCUCGUUUUUUCAGGGCCAGCUGGAGUCGGUGCUGGAGCAGGUGGUGCAGGUCGCAGUGACCGAGAUCACAGGGACGGUCGGGGGCAGUCUGAGCUCCAUGCUGCUGGAAACGGCCCGUAAGGAGCAGGAGAACCAGCGGCUCAGAGACACCCUGCAGUCUGCGGGACGCGCGGAGAGAGAGAGCGGGGAGACGGAGGACCCCGAGCCGCAGCAUGCCGCCUCUAGGCCCGCAUAUCUACACGACUCCGUCCGGCACGAGCAGAAAAGACGAGCUGUGGGCCAGCUGAAGGUGGUGAUGGAACGUGUGCUGGAGUUUGCUGUGCGUGAGCUCAGUAAGAUCGUAGAGGACAGCUUUGAUGAUGUUCUUCUGGAGCUCAGGAAAACAGACCGGGAGAAUGAGGAGCUAAUGGAGAAGCUACGUGGUAAGGUGGAGGAGAACGGAGCUGGCAAAGUGGAGAUAAAUGAGUCUCAGGGGGACCAGGUGGGAUCUCCAAACAUCACUGAUGUAGUGAAGGAGGAGGAGAGAGCAGAUGAAAAAGAACAGGGAAUGGAACAGCUGCAGAACACUGAAGACUCUGCCCCCCCGACAGUGAUCAGCGUGUCUCAGGACUGGGUUCCAGUGCUGGAUCAGGUGUUCGGUCAGAAGUGGUGUGCUGACAUUUGGCCCGUUAAAGAACCCGGAGACAUUAAAGCAGAACAGUCAUGUUUCCCUUCUGAAGAACCAAUCAGAUCAGACUCAGCGCCACACAGGAAAGACGAGAGCCAAUCAGAUCGGCCACAGUGGCUUCAGGAUGCUGGAGCCCUGACUGUGAAUUUUGACACCCAGCAGACUUCCGAGACACGUCUGAAGGAAGAUGAUGUUCAGUUAAAAUCGCCGUCGAUGCUCCACCGCCUGCUCACGCUUCCAUCUCAGCUGUUAGAUGGAGAAGACGAGUCAAUGGAGUCAGAGGAGAGUCUGCUGAAUGCUAUCACCUCGCUGCACAGGGCUCAAACGCCUCACCAGGACACCAUCAGAGCGGAUGAACGUGAUGGUGGCAAAGAUCUCGAAGACCAGGAGGAGUUGCAAGGAGAGGAAGAAGAAGCCAAGCCAAGGUCCUGCAGGAGCGGGAGGAAGAACCAUGCCUGUAAGACCUGCGGCAAGAAGUUCAGCCGAGCUCAUCUGCUCAAAGCGCACAGGCUUACACACAGGGAAGCUCACUCGCCGUUCUCCAAAGUCCACACUCACGCAUGCAACGAUUCGGGGAAAACCACAUGAGAGGACGUUCUCCAGGGUGAAGCAGGAGAUUCCAUACAUUCAGAUGAGCUGAUGUUGCACCAUCAUUUCCCAACAUUUUAUCACAGUAUCACAUCAGAAACAUGUCCAACAUGACUCAGGACUGGGGGCAGUGAUGAUGGUCUGAAGAAUCGGCGAUGACGAUACACGGCGCACGGAAUCACCAUGACGCACGGACUCAUGAUCAUAAACACUCAGCUAACAAAGUUAGAGUGUGAAGGUACAUCAGACAACGUAAGGAACUUUUGAUUCUCCACUUCAUUGUGUUUGUGUUGUGAGGAAGUGAUCUUUAACCAUUUAAAUAUAUGACAGAUUAACCAGAGAGAGUUUUGUGCUGAAAUAAAGUCUUGUCUCUGGCUGUGUUUCCAUCCGUAUGUUCAAGUCCAGCUCUCAGAUCAUCUCAAAACAUUUACCUGAACACCAGCGUGUCCCAGUACCCCUGUUUGUCACCUGACCAUGUAGGGUGGUUCCUCACUGUCGAGAGGUGACAGAGGGAAAAAUGUUUACUUGUAGUUACUGACAGAUGUCAUGGUUAAACAUGUUAAAGUCCCGCCCACUUCCCCAGGAACAGAAUGAGACGACAUGUCGUCACACACAGUAUCUCAGACUAGCUCGGAACAUCAGCGGCAUUGAACACGGUUGGAUGGAAACACCAGGUCAUGUCAUGUGACAUUUUAAUUGAAAAUAAAUACAUAAACUUUACAGUCCUCACUUGUUCACAAAUACCUCUUCACACAACCGGACUAGAUUUGUCUGGGUUUCUGAUCAAAGCUAAACACAGAUGAAGAAUUAAAGGGUUUGAUUUCUGCAAACUUCAGAAGUGCGUGACAGAAAUUGUUCCUUCUCCUGGAGCUGUAAAACUGGAAAUCCCAAACAGUCUGAGCUUUUAACUAGACAUCACGUCAAAGAAUAUAAGAAUCUAAAAUAAAAAAAUUCCAUAGUUUACCCGGUUGUGUAUUAUAGGCUAACGAGUCAUAAUAAUAAUAAUAAUAAUGUUUUUGCAGUAUAUUUGUACAACUGAUCAUUAGUGCACGCUGUGUUCUGAGUGUUUAAUUAUAAAUAAGUGAUCAGUAAUAAUCAGACCUUCUCCAGAUGAGAUUAGACUGAAGGUGUUGAGGAGAAGGUCAGAUGUGUAUGUAGAGACUCGGAGCUUGGUGAUUAUCUGUGAGCAGCGUUACACAUGUACAGAGUCUCCACCGUCAACACCAACAAACUCCAGCUGCUUCCAUUUAGUUCAUAUUAAAUAAAUAAGUUUAUUAUCAGGACGUCUCAGCACAGUGUGUUGGGACAUGGUUUAUCAUGAGCUCGAUAUCUCAUCUGCAUUUUAAUCUGCCAGCUCCAACAGGAACUUCCAGAAGGGACGAAACAUUGAGCUUUUACAUUUACAGCAUUUUGUGUUGUGACCAGUUUCACGUGUGGCGCUAGACUGAACCAGCAGCUCUUUCUAACCAUAAACCUUAUUAACGUUAGCAGUGAUGAUGAUGAUGAUGAUGAUGAUGAGUAAAACCGAACGUUACGGCGCUUUCUUAUAAAGACCAUUUUGCACUUUCGGUUCUUUUCCACACAAACGUACCUCAUUGUGGUGUAAAGUCCCCAUAGCUCAUUACCUCUCAACACAGGGUGAUUAUUUUAGCAUGUAUUUGUUUUUUUUAUCUCAUUUCUGUUUAUAUGUUUUUAUAAAAUGUCAUUUGGCUAUCAGACAGGUUUUAUUCUGAAAUGCACUGGUAAAAAAACAACAAAAACAACAAAAACAAAUGGAAACAGACUUUUAUAAUUGACUUUAAUCCACACAAAGACAAAGACGAGGUGUGGACGACGUCUCCGUGCUGAAGCCGAGGCGAGAGUCACACACAAGGCCAAUAAGUUUAUUCUGUAGAGAUUUGUUUUGUAAUUUUUAACUAAUUGUGAUUCUUAUUUUUUUUUUAUUUACAAUAUCCAACAUUCCUGACAAAAGAAUGUUGAUGUGGGUCAUGAUUUACUUUUUCUUUUGAACAGUUUAUCCAAAUAAUGACUUUGUCAAAAAGAACAAAAUGUGAGAUUAUUUCAAACAAUGUUAUAAAGUGAUGCAUUAAAGAGAAACAUAAGGAAAUGUUAAGUGAGGAAUGAAAUUUUACAUCUGCACUAAAUGUAAUAAUAGCAGUAGCUUCUGUCUGCUUACAGAUUUUACUUUUAUACAAACACACUCCAAAAGUAUUGGAACACCAGAGCAGUUCCUCUGUUUGUCCUUUGCACUGAAGACAUUUGUGUUGAUGAAAAUGAGAAGAUCAGAGUUUUAGUACGUGUCCCGAUGUUUACAUGUAGAUGUGUUAAUCACCUGAAAACACGACACCUGGGUGUCACGCUGGGUGAGCAAAAGUAUCGGAACAGAUAUACUUAAAGGAAGUUCAAGUCAUUAACACUUAACUGCCUCAGACUCCGUCACCAAAGCGCUCCUCACGUUAAGGUUAAGGCCUGUUGUUGGACUUGGCCUGUCUUAAACCUUUCCAUUUCCUUUGGUUUGUGUCUUACCUUAUGGUCUUUUCCAGCGGCAGAUUGUGAGACCUUCACUCUGCCCUGUGGAGGUUUGGCUGACGUCACUGACUGUUGUUUUCAGCUCGUGUUCAUCUUUUGAGCUCAAACCCAAAUCUUCAGUGUAAAGAACAAACAAAGGAACUGCUUUUGUGUUCAGUACAUUUGAAGAGGGCUGUGUGUGUUUAAACAAAUAAAUAAAUAAAUAAACUUCACACCUCGUCUGAGGCUGUAGAUGAUUUCUUGAAAUGUAUUAAUGAAUUAUGCAACAAAGCUUUGUCCUUAACUGAAAGGUUGUUUUUGUAGAACGUUUCACCCUCAUUUUGAUGUUCUGAUUUUUGUUGUAAUCUCAGUAAAUUGUGUGAAAAAGUAAUAAAUGAGUUGAACAAGAAA